AUGACUGUCGUCACGUACAGUCAGAACAUCACAGACUCACUUGUGCAGUCGAUAGAAGGCCUCAUUCAAUCGCAAACCUCGCAAAACGAUGAACGACCGAAUAAGCGUCGCAAACUCGGUCAGAAUACGACAGAAAACUCGCUCGAACUAGUAGAUGCAUCUGUUCGAAAUGAGUACGUUGUUCUCUGUCGGAUUACUAUCGACUUGAAUGGUCCGGUGCAAAGCCUGCCAGAGUCGUUGCCCACGUCCGAUGACCUGCCGGUUCUGUUGAAGUAUCGAAACGAGCAGCGCAUUUUAUCUUCGUCUGACCUCGAACCGUCCGAUCACCCCGCAUCUGACAGCGAGACUAAUGAGCACUGGCUGGACAUACGGACAACGAACCGAAAACAGUUAUCGUCCUUUCAGUUAACAGGAGGAGCUGAUCUCGAUAACGUUGUCUCACAUUUGUCACUCGCGACAUGCGCCACCUCGAUAGACACUCCCAAUGGGGACCGGUCGAUCUUCAGUUACCGAGCUCGUCUUUCACCUUGUCAGGAUCCUCAUUCGUUUCGCCUGAGCGUCGAUAUUCUCUGGAAAGAUACUUUGUUCAUCCCAGCCAAUGCCAAAGUCAAAGGCCCGCCGGGAUUAGUUUUCAUUCGAUAUACACCUCCUGGAGAAGGUUUGUACCGGCAGACAACGGACCAAAUUAAUAAGGGACAUGCCCAGUGGACUCCUCGGGACUUCUACGAUAAUGUUCAUGUUCCAGCCGAUACCCCCGAGGCGUCUAGUGAGAUAAUUUGUCCUCUGGUCAGAUGCAAGCUUUAUCCAUUUCAAAAUCGGGCGGUGCGGUGGCUGUUGGAGAAAGAAGGAAUGGAGCUAGAUAUAUACGGGAAUGUAGUUCCAAAGAAAAUGGAAAUUGCGGGCCUACCAGAGUCUUUCCAGGAGUUUACAGAUGUGGAUGGUCGUCGUUGUUUCUCCAGCCAACUCUACAGGGUUGCGACAACCGACAUGGCUCCUUGGUACGAUUCAAACAGGAAUUUGAGGGGCGGUAUUCUUGCGGAAGAAAUGGGUCUUGGCAAGACAGUUGAGAUGAUUUCAUUAAUCUCUCUUCAUCGACGUGCCAUGGUCGAUGAUGACGCACACCAUUCUCUUAUUAAAUCGCGGGCAACCCUCAUUAUCACGCCGCCUGCGAUUCUUGAACAGUGGAAGCAAGAGUUGCAGAAUCACGCGCCGUCACUUACAGUAUUCGAUUACAAGGGCUAUCAAGCAAACUCGAAGCUAUCUCAAGAACAGCUAUCGGAUCUACUUAGGGAUACCGACGUGGUCUUGACCACGUAUAAUGUCCUUGCGAAAGAAGUCCAUCGCGCAACUGACCCGCCAAAGCGAAAUAUGCGCAACGAAAAGCGAUUCAAGGUUCCAAAAUCACCGCUUGUGCGCAUGUCUUGGUGGCGAGUUUGUCUUGACGAGGCUCAAAUGAUUGAAAGUGGCGUCAGUAAUGCGGCUCAAGUUGCCCGGCUGAUCCCUCGGGUGAACGCUUGGGCUGUGACAGGAACUCCUAUACGCAAAGAUAUGAGAGACUUUUUUGGACUCUUGCAGUUCUUGAGAUACGAGCCAUUUUGCGGCUCUAUAGACCUUUGGAGCAGACUUUACAGUGCUUAUUAUCCGGCCUUCAAGUCUAUCGUUAACAAACUAGCCCUUCGGCAUAGCAAGGAGUUCAUCAGGGAUGAUCUGAAACUGCCGCCACAGAAGCGGGUUGUUAUAACCAUUCCUUUCACUGCAAUUGAAGAGCAACACUAUGGUCAAUUGUUCGAACAGAUGUGCGAGGACUGCGGUGUAGAUCCUACUGGGGCUCCUCUUGAACAGGACUGGAAUCCUGAAUCGCAGGCCUCGAUAGAUAAAAUGCGAGGUUGGCUUACUAGGCUUCGUCAGACUUGUCUACACCCCGAAGUCGCUCGCCGAAACCGCAGAGCACUCGGUAUCAGGAACGGGCCGUUACGAUCUGUGGAUGAAGUCCUUGAGGUGAUGAUCGAUCAAAACGAGACUUCCAUCCGCGCCGAAGAACGCAUGUUGCUUCUUUCACAAGCUCGUCGUGGUCAAUUGCUUGAGAACGCUUAUCAACGGCGAGAGGCUCUGGAGAUAUGGCAGAAGGGGUUAGAGCGGGCAACUCAAAUGGUCAAUGACUGCAGGGAGCAAUUGCAAGCUGAAAUUGCAAGAGCUAAGAGCAGCGGUGUUAGCACAUCGGAUCAAGACUCAGAUAUCGAAAGUGGAAAGGAUGAAGCUGACCAGUCAGGCAAAAACAAUCGCAUCGGAGCGUGCAAAGCACGUCUUCGAGCUGCUUUGGAAACACAACAUGUUUGCAAGUUCUUCACAGCCAAUGCUUUCUAUCAAAUCAAGACUGAUAAGAAGAUGACGGAACCUGACUCGGAGGAGUUCAAAGCUCUAGAGAAAGCCGAAGAGGAGGCAUACGAUGAGGCAAAACUGAUUCGAAAGGAAAUGCUCAAGGAUGUUGCACGGAAGGUCAGAAGGUACAUCAAAGUUCUUGAUGAUAAAGCAAACAAUGAUUCCUUCAUCAAAAUUCCUGUAAUGAAAGCCCAACUUCCGACUCUAGGAAUUGAGGCGCGCCGGUUAUUCGAGAGGCUCGAGGACUUCUGUGACGCCUUAAACGAAAAUCGUGAGAAGUUCAAUGAAUGGCGGGACGCGAUGCUUAAAUUGCUCCGGCAGUCGCUUAUUGACGAAGAGAAGACCAGCGAGCUUGAAGGAAACGAAUAUGAGACCUCAACCAAACAUCAAGAUGAAAUGUAUGUGUACAUGGAAGGACUUCGUGUUAUGUUCGCCGAUCGCCAUGAUGCGCUUACUGGGCAAACAAACUUUUUGAUCAACCAUGAAGUCAAAGUUGGAGUAGCCGAGGCGCGUAAUGGAAAGGGGCCAUCUCCUGAGCUGUACCUUAAAAUCAUGGGAACUCGUGAGAAAUUAAAGCCAAGCGCCGAUCUUGGUUCCCUCCGAGGAAUCGUCAGUGAUAUGCGCAGCCUGCUUACAUCACUAGAAUGGCAAGCCAAUGAAGGAAGUACACGAGCUCGAGCCGAAGCAGUUAUUGUUAACGAGGCUCUUGAGCGCGUGAGUAAGACAUCAGCUGAACAAGCAAAAGCAAUUGCCGGCUUGGACAAAGAAGUUGAACUGUUCCGAGAUACUAUGAACAACAGACUGGAAUACUAUAAACAACUGCAACAAAUCUCAGAUACUGUCGCGCCAUAUGAUGAAGAGAGCGUGGGUAAGCCUUUGGACCAGGCAGUCUAUGAUUCGAAGCUCGAAGCCGAGAACAAGAUCCAGCAGAAAUUGGAUAGUUUGCAAUCUAAACGACGAUAUCUGAUUCAUUUACGAGACGAGUCAGGGCCGGACGAGAGUACACGAUUGUGUAUUAUUUGUCAAUGCACAUUUGAGAAUGGCGUUUUGACUGUCUGUGGUCACAAGUAUUGCAAGGAUUGUUUACGCGUCUGGUGGCAUCAGCAUCGGACAUGUCCGACAUGCAAAAGAACACUCAAGGCAAACGACUUCCAUCAAAUCACAUACAAGCCAAAAGAGCUGCUGGCUCAAGAAGAAAGAACACCUACAAAGAUCGAACAUGAACGACCCUCGCAGAACGGUAUAUACUCAGACAUUAGCACCGGCAUUCUGCAAGAGAUUAAGGACAUUGAUCUUCCUACCUCUUUCGGCACCAAGAUCGAUACGUUGUCUAGACAUCUGAUGUGGCUUCGCGAACAUGAUCCUGGAGCCAAGUCAAUUGUGUUCUCUCAAUAUAGAGACUUUUUAGGAGUUUUGGCUACUGCUUUUUCACGGUUUAAGAUUGGAUACAGCAGUGUGGAAGCCAAGGACGGGAUCCAGAGGUUCAAAGAGGACCCAGCGGCUGAGUGCUUCCUUCUACAUGCUCGAGCUCAUUCAUCCGGGUUGAAUCUCGUCAACGCAACCCAUGUUUUCCUCUGCGAACCAUUGAUCAAUACCGCAAUCGAGUUACAAGCUAUUGCUCGUGUGCAUCGUAUUGGUCAACAUCGUCCAACAACAGUGUGGAUGUAUCUCGUCUCCGACACGGUAGAGGAAUCAAUCUAUCAAAUUUCCGUUUCUCGACGGCUAAGUCACAUCGUACAAAAGGAAAAGGAAAGAGAAAAACAGAAAGAUUUACACUCCCCAAGCCCUGGACUCAAGAAUGGAACCACAAUAGAGAAUCUCACCGAAACAGCUAUAGAGUCGGCUAAUUCUCUGGAAAUGCAGGACGCUACUUUGGGUAAGCUGCUGGCUUCAGGAGCUGCGAGUGGUGAGCUGGUUGGUAAAGAUGAUCUUUGGCAGUGUCUGUUCGGUGAUGGACAGAGAAGAACUUCACCUGGUCAGAAUGAUGAUGCUGUGCGCGAAGUUGAUCGUUUCUUGAGAGGGGAAGCAGCUGAGAAGAGGAGGCAAGAUCCAAUAAUUUAG